CACUUACAAAAGGCAAACAGAGGACAAAGGGGACAUGUACACUGAUCAUCAGGGCACUGAUGAUCAGUGUGCCCUGAUGAUCUGUGUAGCCCCAGCAGUGCCACCUGUCAGUGUCCAUCAGUGCCAGCUGUCAGUGCUCAUCCAUGCCACCUGCCAGUGCCCAUCAGUGCCACAUCAAUGCCACAUAUCAGUGCACAUCAAUGCCACAUAUCAGUGCCCAUCUGAGCUGCCUUUCAGUGUCACCCAUCAGUGCCAGUCAGUGCCACCUACCAGUGCCACCUACCAGUGCCAGUCAGUGCUGCCUAUCAGUGCCAGUCAGUGCCGCCUAUCAGUGCCAUAUAUGAGUGCUGCCUUUCAGUGCGCAUCAGUGAUGCCUGACAAUGCCCAUCAGUGCCACCUACCAGUGCCUCCUCAUCAGUGGCACCUAUCAGUGUCCAUCAGUGCAGCCUAUCAGUGCCCAUCACUGCAGCCUCAUUAGCGCACAGUGAAGGAGAAAAAUCACUUAUUUACAAAAUUUUAUAACAAAAACUAAGAAAAAACAUUUUUUUUCAAACUUUUCAGUGGUUUUUGGUUUGUUUAAGAAAAAAUAA